AUGUUACUAUUUUUAUUAUUAAUCAUUACAAUCGCUUCAACUACAACUAAUGAUAUUGAGUCAGAUCAACCUUUACCAAAAUUUGAUCAAUCAUAUGAAACUGUUUCUGUUGUUGUGGGUAAACGAGCAUUAUUACCAUGUUACGUUUCAUUACAAGAUAUGAAGAAUAAUGGACUUGGCUCAUUUAAAGUUAUCUGGAUGAAAUUAAAUAAUAGUUCAAUAUUAACAAUGGAAGAUCGAGCAAUUAAUGGUGAUUCAAGAAUAUCAUUAUUACAUGCCUAUGCUGAAGAAUGGAAUUUACAAAUUGAUGAUAUUGAUGAAGAUGAUGCUGGAGUUUAUCGAUGUUUUAUUAAUAAUGGCAUGUAUAAAACAUUAGUAUUAGAAGUUAAAGUUCCACCAAAAAUUAUUGAUGAAUUAACAACUGAACCAUAUCCAUAUCCAAUACGAUCAGGUUCAAAUUUUACAAUAAAAUGUUAUGCACAUGGUAAACCAACGCCUCGUAUUCGUAUACUUUCAUAUGAUCAAUAUGAUAAUAUUCAAAUUAUCAGUGAACAAAAUGAAGUGACAAUUUUUAAUAUAUCACGUCAUACAAAUCGUCGUUAUGAAUGUGUAGCAAGUAAUGAUUAUCCACCUGAUGUAGCACGUUCAUUUCAAUUAACAAUACAAUUUCUACCAGAAAUAAGUCUUUUUAUUAAUGAUAAUAUUAUAUCAAAUAAAUUUUUUCUAAUUAAUUCAAAUACAAAUGAAAUUCGUCUUAAAUGUCAAGUUAUUAUGCAUCCAUUUGAUAAAAUCUAUUGGAUAAAAGAUAAAAAAAAAUUGAAUUAUAGUUAUCAAUUAUAUCACAUAGGAAAUUAUGUUGUAUCAGAAUUAAUUAUAAAAUAUUUGACAAGUAAUGAUCAAGGUGAAUAUACAUGUAUAGCUUCAAAUUUAAUUGGAACUAAUUCAAAAAGUAUUCAAUUAAUUGCUUCAUCAACAACAACAAUAACCACAACAACAACAACAACAACAACGGAAAGACUUACAACACGAUAUCAACGUACAAAAUAUGUACGACCUAUAACAAUAGUAUCUCAUUCAACAGAAAGUUUAAGAAUGAUGACACUUUCCUCAAAAAGUAAAUUAAUAUAA